CGGCAGGCUUAGAGCGAGCGGAGGGGGCUGAGAGCGAGCCAGUGACAGCGUGGUCCUGGGCGCAGCAUCGCCAACUCCUCAACGGCAGCAUCUCACUCGCCACGUGCCCCUGACGAAGAGAGAUAGACAACAAGAGAGCGAGAGAGACACACACACACACUUCACACCUGGAAGAGCAGAGAAGGAGAGAGACCAAGAGGCAAAUAUUCUCUCUCUCCCCCUCUCUCUCACACUUUCUCUCUCAUUUCUGCCCCUUGGUCUUUAGAAGAAAGAAGAAGGGGAAGAAAAAGUUACCUGAAAUAGAGACAAGGUGCAUAUUUGUUCAAAGAGCGUCCUGCCCAGGGGUGUGCCUGGGCCGCAGCUCUCACACAGCUGGCAGUGAGCUUGGACCUCCAGGGGGCUCUCUGCUUCCCACAGCCUGAUAAGGAGGAGGAGGAGAGGGAGAGAGGAUGCUCAACAACCUGACGGACUGUGAGGAAGGAGAGGGGGGACCCAAUAGCCAGGAUGGCAAUCCUAAGGAGAGCAGUCCCUUCAUCAACAGCAGUAUGGCCAGUGACAUGGAGAAAAGCCAGCAAUACGAUGGCAAGAAUAUGGCUCUGUUUGAGGACGAGAUGGACACCAGCCCCAUGGUGGCCUCUCUGCUCAGCAGCCUGGCCAACUACUCCAACCUGCCCACCGGGAGCAAGGAGCACGAGGAGGCCGAGAACAACGAAGAGGGCCCCCGCCCCUCCAAGAAACCCAUCAAGGCACCACAAUUGGGCACUCUGAUGGGCGUGUACCUGCCCUGCAUCCAGAACAUCUUUGGGGUCAUCCUCUUCCUCAGAAUGACCUGGAUGGUGGGCAUCGGGGGCGUCCUGGGCUCCUUCAUCAUCGUCUUCAUGUGCUGCUCUACAACCAUGCUGACAGCCAUCUCCAUGAGCGCAAUCGCAACCAAUGGAGUGGUGCCAGCUGGUGGCUCAUAUUACAUGAUCUCGCGCUCCUUGGGUCCUGAGUUUGGUGGUGCAGUGGGAAUCUGUUUCUACCUGGGCACUACUUUCGCGGGUGCCAUGUAUAUUCUUGGCUGUAUUGAAAUCCUACUGAUCUACAUCGUUCCUCAGGCGGCCAUCUUUAAGAUGGAGGGCCUGGAGGGGCCGGAGGCGGAGGCGGCGCUGCUGAACAACAUGCGGGUGUACGGCAGCCUGGUGCUGGGCCUCAUGGCCCUGGUGGUGUUCGUCGGGGUCAAGUACGUCAACAAGCUGGCGCUGCUCUUCCUGGCCUGCGUCAUCUUCUCCAUCCUGGCCGUGUACGCCGGGGUCAUCAAGACCGCCAUCGACCCCCCCGUCUUCCCAGUCUGUAUCCUGGGGAACCGGACGCUGCUGACUAAGGCCUACGACGUGUGCGCCAAGACGGUAGAGUUAGACAACGACACGGUCCCCAGCCAGCUGUGGAGGACUUUCUGCGACUCGGACGCCCUCAACGCCACCUGCGACGAGUACUUCAGCAACAACAACGUCACGGAGAUCCAGGGCAUCCCAGGGGUCACCAGUGGCAUCCUAGCAGAGAACCUGUUUGGCUACUACCUGGAGAAGGGAGUGAUACUGGAGAAGAGAGGCCUGGCGUCGGUGGCGGACGAGGAGGGCCCGUCGCCGACGUCCAACCGCUACGUCAUGUCCGACAUCACCAGCUUCUUCACCCUGUUGGUCGGCAUCUACUUCCCUUCUGUCACAGGUAUCAUGGCAGGCUCUAACCGCUCUGGGGACCUGCGUGACGCCCAGAAGUCCAUCCCUAUCGGCACUAUCGCUGCCAUCAGCACCACGUCCAUCGUGUACAUGUCCUCUGUCAUACUAUUUGGGGCCUGCAUUGAAGGAGUCGUCCUCAGAGACAAGUUUGGGGAAGGGGUGAACGGCAACCUGGUGAUCGGAACGCUGGCCUGGCCGUCCCCUUGGGUCAUCGUGAUUGGCUCCUUCUUCUCCACCUGCGGGGCGGGCCUUCAGAGCCUGACCGGGGCCCCCCGCCUGCUGCAGGCCAUCUCCCGGGACGGCAUCAUCCCCUUCCUGAGAGUGUUCGGUCAUGGGAAGGCCAACGGAGAGCCCACAUGGGCCCUCCUCCUCACUGCUGGCAUCUGUGAGAUCGGCAUCAUCAUCGCCUCCCUGGAUGCAGUAGCCCCCAUCCUCUCCAUGUUCUUCUUGAUGUGCUACAUGUUUGUGAACCUGGCCUGUGCCCUGCAGACUCUGCUGAGGACGCCCAACUGGAGGCCUCGCUUCAAGUUCUACCACUGGGCUCUGUCCUUCCUGGGUAUGACCUUGUGUCUGUCACUGAUGUUCAUCUGCUCCUGGCACUAUGCCAUUAUUGCCAUGGGGAUUGCAACCUGCAUCUACAAAUACAUUGAGUUCUGUGGGGCGGAGAAGGAAUGGGGGGACGGCAUCCGGGGAAUCUCUCUCAGCGCCGCCCGCUUCGCCCUCAUGAGGCUGGAGGAGGGUCCGCCGCACACCAAGAACUGGAGACCACAGAUCCUGGUCCUGGUGAGUGUGGAUGCUGAACAGAACGUAGAGCAACCCCGCAUACUGUCUCUGACCAAUCAGCUGAAGGCGGGCAAAGGCCUGACCAUCGUUGGCACCAACGUGGUGGGAACCUUCCUCAAUAACUACGCUGAUGCCCAGCGAGCCGACCAGUCUCUGCGCAGGCUGAUGGAGACGGAGCGAGUGAAAGGCUUCUCUCAGGUGGUCAUCUCAUCCAACCUGAGAGAUGGGACGUCCCACCUGGUGCAAGUGGGCGGACUGGGAGGCCUGAAACAUAAUACCAUUCUGGUCAGCUGGCCGCAAAACUGGAAGCAUCCUGACAGUCACCUUCGACUUAAGGACUUUGUUGAGGUGGUGAGAGAGACGACCAUCGCAAGUCUGGCGUUGUUGGUUCCUAAGAACAUCGCCAGCUACCCAUCCAACGGGGAGCGCUUCACCGAGGGCCACAUCGACGUCUGGUGGAUCGUCCACGACGGAGGCAUGCUGAUGCUGCUGCCCUUCCUGCUGCGCCAGCACAAGGUGUGGAGGAAAUGCAAGAUGCGCAUUUUCACGGUGGCCCAGAUGGACGACAACAGUAUCCAGAUGAAGAAAGACCUCAUCACCUUCCUCUAUCACCUCCGCAUCGACGCUGCGGUGGAGGUCGUGGAGAUGCAUGAUAGCGACGUCUCGGCCUACACCUACGAGAAGACCCUGGUGAUGGAGCAGCGCACACUGAUCCUCAAACAGAUGCAUCUGACCAAGAACGAGAAGGAGAGAGAGAUCCAGAGCAUCACAGACGUCUCCCGAGGGUCCAUCCGUCGCAAGAACCCCACGAGUCUGCGUGUUCCACAGAUCGGAGAGGAGGGGGCCAGCGUGGCAGAAAGACCAGAGGAGGAGAUACAUCUGACCCUCACCAAGAACUCUGCCCCUACGGGCCACAUGUCCCACAACACACCUGGAGGGGGUACUGCAAGCCCAGACUGUGAAGUGCAGAGGACAUGGACAGACAAAGGUGGAGCAAAGGACCAGAGCCAAGCCUCAGCAGGAAAACCAGAGGCGGGGAAAGAUCUCUUCAAUAUGAAACCCGAAUGGGAGCAUCUAAACCAGUUCAACUUGAGGCGCAUGCACACAGCGCUGAGGCUCAAUGAGGUGAUCCUAAAGAAGUCCAAGGAGGCCAAGCUGGUCCUGCUCAACAUGCCGGGGCCCCCCAAGAACCGCAUGGGCGAUGAGAACUACAUGGAGUUCCUGGAGGUCCUCACCGAGGGCCUGAAUCGGGUCCUCCUGGUGCGUGGAGGCGGCCGAGAGGUCAUCACCAUCUAUUCCUAAAGAGACAAUCUUUGAACAGCACUUUCAUCUGCACAGUUUCUAGAUUUCCUUUGCACUAUAUUGACUUGUACCCUCCACUGUGACCCAUUCAUUACAUAUCAAUGCAGAGCAGCCCUGCUUGUCGUCCUGUGCCAUCCUCUCUCUGCUCAUAACCCCGCUGACUCCAGCUCGCCCCGCAGCCAUUAACCUCUGGUGUGGUGAAACUCACCUCUCUUUUGAUACUACGCACCUAGUUCCCUUAGCUAGGCCCACUCCCCCGUGUUAUACGAUAAUAUCACAAUGAACAAUCAAUCAUGAUAGAAGAUAAGCUGUAUUGUUUCAAACUAUGUAGCCGGUGGGAACUUGUGAAAGCUCUCAAAUGAGUCUAAAUCCUUACAUAUGAUUUACCCUGGUAUUGUGGGAACCUGACUAAAAGGGUGCUUCAAAUUUUAUCUUGAUGGUGUAUUUAUGCAUUUGGUUAGUGUUAGAGUUUGAUGUUUGAGAGUCAUUGAGAAAAGAAAAGUUAUUUUUGUUUUUAUACUACUCUUCAUUUGUUGUGGUAUUUGUGCUAUUUAUUUUAUUCACAUAAUUAUUUAAUUGUGGCUUCUUCAUGGUCUUUCCUUGUCAUGUUCAUAGUAUGAAAAGUAGGGUCUUAGUAUUAGGUUUAUUAUUGUUUUCAGGCAUCAUAUAAAUAUAACAUAUAAGAGAUGAGCACACAGGCUGAAUCAUUUUCAAUACAUUGUUAGUGAAUUAAAUGAUAAUUAAAUUACAUAGAGGAUUAAUAAUCAUUGGGGAUUAUUACACUCAUUGUAUUGUAUCCACUUUUGAUUACAUCGUGACUUUGAUGGAUCAGGCAAAAUUAUAUUAUUACUCUGCCUAACCUGGUUCCACUUAUAACUUCUGUUGUAUGUAGCCUAUUUCUUUCAUUCAAAUGGAAAUCUGUGAAUUUGUAUAAUAAGAGAUGGAGAAUAUAAUAAUGAAUUAGAGUACUUAAUAACUGUAUGAAAGAUAUAACUUUGCAAAGCAUAAAAAUGAUAGACACCUUAUUGAGUUUAAAUAAGACUACACCUUUUAUGUGCUUUAUUUUAUGCUUGAUUCUAUUGUAUUAUUAAGCCAACAUGUGAAAAGUAUGCAUUACAAAUGAAAAUUUUAAACUUGGCCCAGUGGCCUUGUAAUAAAUAUCAAUAACCCCAGCUCUAUCAUCCAAGAAAGUCUUUUGAGGGUUUGCUUACCAUGCAACAAAGAGUGCAUUCAUGAGUCUGGAAUUACAAUCGCGCAUAUUAUCCAAGACACAUUUGCUUCACCAUAAAGUAUGUUGAAUAAAGUUGGGCAAUUGUAUUAGA